AUUCCGUGUGAGGGCCGUCCACAGUUCCUGUGACCGUGUCCUUCACAGAGACCCACGGGGGAAUCGGUGACUCUGGGCUCUGCCGUGACCCCGCGGGGAGUGCGUGAGAGCUUCAGCCUGGCUCCGAAAAUCAGCUAGCUCUGCUGAGUCUGCACAAUUCCAUUUCUGGGACGGAACGCCUAUGGUCAUUCUUAAAUUAUUUCUUUAGAACCUUGUUAUUUGAAUUUCCAUUCUUUCGGAACUUCUUUCCAGCCCUGUCAAAUGGUGCAAGUUGAUAAACUCCGUUCAUCAGCUCGACGGACGUCAACUGCUCCCACUCCCCAUCCGUGACCUGUGUCAAGGCAGCAGUUACAACGCAGAUACUUGGUUGUAGCCAUGUGCGGCCUGUGCACACGCGCAUACGCUCCCACCCAUGCAGAAUUCACAUCUUCUCUUAAUGGCUUCUUUAUAAUUUACUGUAGUGGAGUGCGCUACUGCUGGAAAGCUACUUUUCAUGUAGAUGUUGGAAGUUAUUUUGGAAAGCUAUUUUUCAUGUGGAUGACAAGUAUUACGUUCAGCCUGGCUCCUUUCCAUCUCACUUGAUACAGAUUACUACUGUAUAAAAGUAGAUAUUAUUUUUGAUAGUGCUUUUUUACACUGCAACGGUCAGGUUAGGGCAGGGUAGUGAUUCUGACGCUCUCUUCUCGCUGAAUGCAAUAUCUGGAGGACCAGAAGAGAGGAGAGAGGCCGUCUUCCCGAGGUCACCACUGUCUGCCACCCCACCUGUCCCCACCGCAGACAUCUUUACAUGAAGCCAUUGUCAUCUCUGGUACUGAAAUGGCCAAACAGAUCCAGAAGGAAGUCCAGCAAGGUGUGGAGGCCUGGCUCGCCCUUGGGAAUGAGAGGCCUCACCUGAGCAUUGUUUUAGUGGGCGACAACCCAGCCAGCCACACAUAUGUGAGGAAUAAGAUACGAGCUGCCUCUGCCACAGGUAUCUGUAGUGAGCUCAUUCUAAAACCUAAGGAAGUUUCUCAGGAAGAACUUUUGGAUAUAACCGAUCAGUUGAACAUGGAUCCCAAAGUCAGUGGUAUAUUAGUUCAAUUACCACUUCCAGAUCAUGUGGAUGAGCGAACAGUAUGCAAUGGAAUUUCCCCAGGAAAAGAUGUGGAUGGGUUUCAUGUUAUCAACAUGGGGAGACUGUGCCUGGACCAGCAUUCUUUCAUCCCUGCCACUGCUGGCGCUGUCUGGGAGAUCAUCAAAAGGACAGGAAUUGAAACUUUUGGGAAAAAUGUGGUUGUGGCUGGAAGAUCCAAGAACGUAGGCUUGCCCAUCGCAAUGCUCCUGCACUCGGAUGGAGACCACGAGCGACCAGGAGGUGAUGCAACUGUGACCAUAGCACACAGGUACACCCCCCGGGAGCAGCUGAAGACCCAGACUCGGCUGGCAGAUGUUAUUGUGGUCGCUGCAGGUGUUCCAAAGUUGAUCACGCCUGAUAUGGUUAAAGAAGGAGCUGCUGUGAUUGACGUGGGCAUCAACUAUAUCUGUGAUCCUGUGACAGGAAAGACAACAUUAGUUGGAGAUGUGGACUUUGAAGCUGUGAGGAAGAAAGCCGGCUUUAUCUCUCCAGUCCCGGGAGGUGUGGGGCCUGUGACAGUGGCGAUGCUGCUGAGGAACACCCUUCUGGCUGCUCAGAAAGUCAUUUACUAGAUCACAGGGAGGAAUAAAGCAGCCAGGGAAGUCAGACUGCUUGUUUCUUUGAUGAACAGCAAAAAUGUUUCUAUUUUCCCACAAAGCUAUUUAUUUCUGCAUUGUCUAUUUUUUUCAUAGGUAGAAUCAUCCUGGAAGAGAUGAUUCACACAAUUUUGUGCAUUUGCUGGUAACAGAUUUGGAGUUUUGGGAAAAAACCAAACAAUUUAAAUGAAAGUUUGUCAAUCAUUUUAUGGAUGUUUGUUUAUAAUGUUAAAAAAAUGAAAGGCUCAUAGUAAAUAUAUUUUUGACCUAAUGAAAUACAACCCACACUAUGUUUUAACAAAUGUUUUUUCAGGCAAAUGUGCACCCAUGUGAAAUGUAAUUUACGUUUUACCAUAGCAUAUUUCGUUGGUCUAUUCCAUGUUUUAUGUCAAAUACUGAAAAAGAGCUUCCUUGCUAAAAGAAAGAUGGAAUAGUAAAAUAAAUCUUGAUCUUAGAUAGCUCCCCGAUGCAGCCAACAAGGCCGCCCUAAUGAGAAAUGAUAUUCUCCUGAAAGAAAAAGAUAUCCAAGGCCAGUGAAAGACAACAGUGCCACUUGAAAAGGGGUGAUUUUGUCACAAUGUGAAGGACUACUGACCGUUAUCAUUUCUUCCUCCUUUCAAGUAGCUUCACUGAAGAAUAAUGGAAAAUUCAAAAAUAAAUACACAUAUGAGAUAAGCCUGAUGUGUUUUCCCACAAAUAUCCAAAAACUCUGUACAGCAUGAGGGAGGAUGCCAUGAAAGGAUAGCAACUGAAAGGUUUGUUCCCAAAUUCAGAAAUCUGGUAAGAAAGCACAGAGUGCUUUCAAUGUGCAGAAACUACACCUUAGGACACAACUGAAAAUGUACAGCUGUGUGUCCACAGUUCCUCCCUCUGCGCCCCACCAUCGAGUGUAUUGGUGCAUUUAAAGCAAACAAUACAGUUACAUUUAUCAUUUGGAUCUUGUACCUUUACA